GAGAGAGAUGCAUUCAAAUCAGCACCAUUCGUCGACGCAAACAGGAAGUAAGCAAAAUAUAUACAUGAUGGUUGGUAGGAGGAAGUGCUGGUGUUUCUGACAGCGUCAAAGCAGCUCACCCCGUCUUCCUGGGGCUCCACGUACAACUCAUCACCGAUGCGCGACAGAGAAUGGAUAGCUUUGGCCAACACUAUUGAGUGGACGCACGCGCCCAAACAGUGCGUGAGAUCUGAGGAACGCUGUCGAGAACCACCUCUCCUCUGAUCACCGCUGACAGUAGUGGCCGCGAAAAGAAGAAGAGGUGGGACUAAACUAAUCGCUGUGGACAUUCAGUGAAAGAUAUCUAAUGGAUACAAGAGGACUGCCUUCGGGAGGUGCUGGCUUCUUUUGUUAAAACGAGGAAAGGAGGACCCCUACUUCAUAAAACCUGAGGAUUCUAAGUGGAGGAAAUUCAAAAUAACAGGAAGACAUCAACAAAAGAAGUGACAGGACGUUCAACUGACCGUUUGCAAAGAGAAAGUGUAAGCAUGAUUGAAACAGACCAGAACAUCCCAAAAAAGGGACUUAGUCCUUGCAGGAUGUUUUUUAUAUCAAAUAAUUGUGACAUUUCAAUUUUUCUAACAUGGGUUUCAGCCUCAGUACAACAGAAAAUGGUGUGAUACCUUUGCUAGUUUAGAUAAAAAGAGGAUUAUUCGUUUGUACACACUGUGACUACAUCUAAAUGUGACCUUUAGAGAUGUCUCAGUCACAGCAACAGACAGACACGCAGGCCAUGCUGCAGUCAAUGCUUCAGAAACUGAAGCUCCAGCCAGGAUCAGAAGGCCAUGGAUCCCAGCAAACAUUUGCCGUGGAUGCUCCCACACCGGUGCAACAUCAUGAAAAAGGAUUGUUCCCUCCACAGGGGGUCAACACCAGCACUGUGGAAGUGUUUGGUUUCAACGGAAGUGCCUUAAAAGAGUAUGGGUCCCCCACUGACUUUGGCUUUAGUGGUGGAAAAGGGAAGCAACCAGGUCCUGGCUGUGAGGUGAGCAGUCCAGUUUCCUUCCCUUCUUUUAAUUUCAGUGCUGUUAGCAACAAGAGCAAGAGCUGGGUGCUGGAACACGCCACUCAUCCUGGGGUCACACCAGCAGCAACGUGGCAUCUGUUUCCUGCAACAUCACCAAAGGACAUUGAUCUCACUUCCUUUAAGUCCACUAAUGGGGACACAAGCACUUUUGGAAACUUUACAAUGACUCAACCCUUCCUUGCUAAUAAGGAGACUGCUUUUAAUUUGAGAUCCAAUCAGACCACAGUUCAGGGUUUCACACCCAAAUCGCAUGUGUGGUCCAAGAAGGGUACUGAUGCUGACAAAGACAACAAGGAGUUGAACACGGGGAAUGGUGCAGGUUUGGACCAAAGUAGAGGCUUGCACUUUGCAAGUAACCAAAAACCAGCAGGCAGCAGGAGAAAACAGAGAUCAGAAUCUGAGAAUAAUACCAAAAAGAGAUGGACACAGAAAAUUAAGGAGAGACUAAAGGACAAACAAGGGAACAAUGGCAAAAAGCCAAGAGAAGAGGGAAGCACGACAGAUAAGAUAGCCGAGCAAGAAACUCAGCAACGGGUGGAGGAUCUUUUUAAUACAUCAAACUCGGAUGGGAAAGGGGCUCUUUCCUCAGUGGGCAGCAGCAUGUUUCCUGUAAAAACAGAGGACAGCACAACUGACAGCAGUUCCAGAUUCACCAGUGACUUUGAGAUUGGUCUGGGGUCAUUUAGUCUGCUGGAUGAAAUUGUCAAGGGUCAGGAGUGGGCAAAUUUCUUAAAUCCCAGCCAUUCAACCACUUCAGUGCGUCAAAGGCCAUCAGCGGAGUCUGUAUUCCAGCGCCACAAUCAACCAGAUUCUCACAACAAUAAUCAGUUACUGCAGAGCUAUAAUCACCCUGGAGACGGAAGGAACACCUGGAGUUCAAGGAGCACCAUCUCAUCACCAGCUGACGGCUUUGGGAUGGCACCUCAAACUUUCCUGCCUGCCAUUACGGAUGCUUAUAAAGGAAAACAGCACGCUGUCGGAGAAGCUGAACAUUCAGAAGCUAUGGAAGAUGAUAAUAGCAAAUUGGACCUGCAGUCUGCAGGAAGUGAAGCAAGGAGGAAUUUUAGGUCUUGUCACAGACCUUCAACACAAGCAGAUUCUGAGGAUAAUAUGAACAAGUCCACCCUGAUGAAGAAACUCUAUGCCAGUAGAAAGAGGCAGCAUCAGCAUCGGGCUGAGAAGAUGGAUGAAGGAGAAGUAACAGAUGGAGCGGGGACAGUGACUUAUGGGACCCAAAUCAACUUUGCUAUGAUGGAUGCAUCAGGAGACUCACAACAGAACAUGCCACCUUUAAGUGCGCCACUCUCACAUCCAGCUUUUUCUGCACCACGUGGUGUCCUCAGACACCCCAAAGAGCACAGUUCAGAGCCCUCAAUGGAAACUGACACAAAAAGAAGACGUGUUGAAGACAACCGGCGGGUACAUUUUGCAGAGGAAGUGGUGACUGUAACCUCCUCAGUUCUGUACCCAGACUUGAUCGACUCAGAGGAGGAAUCAUUUCCAGAGGAGGACUCUGUCACCGAGCAGGAGGGUGAGGUGCUGCAGCCAAUGAUGGAGGAGGUGGCGACGGCUCGUCGGCCUGAACGGUCCGGCUGGAUAAAGGCUCUGAUCAGGAAGAAUACCAGGAGGAAGCACAAGCAGUAACUUCACUCUUCCAGGGUUUUCAUCUUACAAGAAAACGAGUCAGAAAACAUGUCAGCUGCUGCAAUUGUGGUGCUCAGAAUCAUAAUCCCUGCUGUUUUAAAUAUUUUUGAUUGACUUUAUUUGUAAAAAAAAAAAAACCAAAACAAUUUAAUCAGCAGUGUGAGUCUAAUUCUGAGAGAUCUUAAACACGUGGUGGCCUAUAGGGGGUGACCUAACCCUUAAGACAUUCAAAACCAACCUUUUAAUUUUGUAGCAUACAGUACAGUUCAGAUUUUCUGUAAGGAUUCCUAUGUGUCUUCAGACUCAGCUCUGACAACUACCAAAUACGUAAAUCAGUGCAGGUUUAAUGUGCAUAAACUGCCAUUCUUUGUUUGCAGACUGGAUUUUGGUUGGUUGGGACAGUCUGUGUGCUGCAAGUGCUUCUGUCACUUUUUAAGCAUGGAGUUAAUAUUUUAUGAACCUUUUUUUUUAAAGUGAAAAAUGUCUGCCUUCAUCAGUUGAACACUUAACACUGGAAAGCAGCAGACUGCUCUCUGUUUAACUGUGUCAUGACUCUGCACACUUCCUGUCUCCUGGUAAUGAUGGUGCCACUUCAAGUCAUUGUGAAAAUGGACCCCGGAGAAGGAAAGAUGGAGAUGGAGCAUUUCAUUAGAACGGCUCAGCAUGUUGUGAUGGACUGCUGCUCCUCCUCUUCCUCUCAGCGAUUUGCUUGCAGAGAUCAAAUCACCAAAUGUGUGGAGUGUUUUCAUCCAAAGUGUUUCCACUUAAGACAAUGCUACCAUUAUUGUUAAAUCUCAAAUUACUCAUCACUUGUAAAAGAAUAUCCUUUGUGCUUCUGUGGACUUUAAGUAGUGGCAUCAUGGGACAUUUUGUUCAAGGUUUGAGCAAACAUUAAAGUUAUUUUCACAA